AUGAAGAUCUCCUCCAUCUGUGCUCUCCUGAGCUGCGCUCUAUCCGCCCAAGCAUUCAGCAUCUACUACGACGGAGACACCGUCAUCAAAGACGCCCGACGCAUCGAAUACCCCUGCGUAAAGGCGGACUUCAGAAAGGGCAACAACCUCGCCUUUUUCAACGACAGGGUUGAUCAGGCAGAUGAUUGCCAUCUCUCGCUUUGGAAGGACUCGAAGUGCAACCAUCUUGCUGGAUCCUCGCAUGGCGAGUGGAGGAAGAAGCUGAGCGAGAAUGUUGAUGCGUGGAGCUUUACGUGCUGA